GGAAAGCUUCACGUGAACAAACGUCGCCAGUGGCGCGCAAAGAAGAAAAGUUGUGGAGAAGGCAGCUACCGUUAGUGGCCAUUUCAUAUACUGGCUAAAAUACUGUAUAUCACAAUAUUUUAAUAUGUUUGGACAUUUUAUGUCAUACCCACUCAUACAAAACGACAUGUAACCAUUUGCCAACAUGCCUUUUCAAGGAAAGCGCAAAAGAUAUUCCAAGGACAUACAGUGUAUGUUCUUUCCUGAUGUCAAAGUUGGUGUCAGAAAAGGGGGACGAGGGCCUUCAAUCACUGACAGUUCUGCUACCAAGUCCUGGGAGAGUUGUGGAGACAGCUUUUUGGACACUCCUGUGAUAAAGAAACUAAGUUCAUCUGGGAACAAAUGGCGAGCUGUACGACGACUGGCACAGUCACCGGCACAAGUGCAGUGCAGUGGUCUGCGGUGUGAUGAGGACCCAGUGCACAUCGCCUGGAGCUCCAGUGAGAGUGAGCCUUCUGACAGUGAGCCCCAAGGCCAGCAGCCUCCUCCAACUCCCCCCAGCAGCAUUGUGGCUCAGGUGCACCGCGGGCCCGGGAGACAAGGAGCCUCCAUCCAGUCCUACAGCCGAGCCCAGCGGAUGCUCAGCACUGAAACAGAUGAGCUUCCGACGAUAGACACGGAUAGCGAUGUGGAUGAGGCUGAAGAUGAUCAGGGAAAGAAGGAGGACGGUGUGGGGGAGAUCUCUGAUUGUGAGUCGGAGCCCUGCGCUCGGGAACCGAAAGAAUCAUCACCUAAACCUACAACUGUGACAGACACUGACAUCUCAGACUACCUGUCUGAUGGAGAGGAAGAGAGCCAUGACACCCUGAGCCUGAACAGACUGGAGGCUGGGGUUGUGGCUGAAUGUCCUCUGCAGGCUGGGGAAGGGGAGGGCAGCAGAAGGUCAGUCAGUGACUGGGUCAGGUCCGCUCAGGCAGCGCUGCAGACGCCCCAGAAACAGACAGACAGGAACUCCAAGACCCCAGAGGACUCCAGCAAAAAGAAAAGGACGUUUCAAAGUGGCGGCAUGGCGGAGCGACUGAACCGACUCCAGUGCAGACAGAGGUCAGCCAUCAGCUUCUGGAGGCACCAGUCCAUCUCUCACACUUCUACUACAGCCACAGUUGAUAAGCCUGGGGUGCUGGUACUGGAGGUCCUGUCAGUCCAGGAGGAGAGCUGCAUGCAGCUGGCCCUGUGUGAGCAACACCACCCCCCUGCUACAGGCCACCACAGGCCUCCAUCCAACACCACCACCACUAUGACAAGACCUGAACAGCACAAUCCCUCUGCUACAGACCACACCCCCCCUCUCUCCACCAGAAACAGAGUUCGGGUCCUGGUACUGUUCAGUAAGGAAACGACUGCUCAGCUCAUGCCUGUGCCUCGAGACCUCAUCCAUAUAUACCCACCAUGGCAAAGUCUCAUGAUUGAGGGCCAACAUAAUAGCAUUAUUCUCAACACACACUUCAGCCAGAAGGUAUACUCUGACACCAAGCAAACCAGCAUGUCCCUCCCCAGAGCCCUGGUCCCAGUGGAGAGAUGCAACCCAUAUUCUCUGACCAGGUCAUUUGGCCAGCUUGAGAUCAACAAGACUUCACCAGAGGGAGAUGGCACGGUCAAACAGUCUUUAUGCAGCCAGGGUGGCUCAGGUGCAGCCAGCAGCGGAGGGUGUCAUUCGCUCCUAGAGGCCAUCGAGGGCCUGGGCCAGGCUGGGUCAGUGGGGCAGGAUGUGGAGGUGGUGGUCCAGAGGGUCUACUGUACCCCCAUCAGGGAGCGCUCCACUGGGGCUUCACUCAAGUCCAGAGCUCCAGGCCGAUCCCCUAGAGUGCCGCCUCCUCUCCAGAAGGGCAAGAGCAGGCUGUGUGUGCUGGUCCAGGACGGCUAUGGGAUGUUCAGCAUGGUCCAGCUCCACCCUCUGCCGUCUGAGGACCCUCUCCACCUCUACACCAGGAAGUGGGAGGGCCGGACCUGCGUCCUGCGAGCCAUCAAAGUGGUUCAGCGGGUCACUCGGGAAAGGUUGGGGUUGAAGCAUCGCUAUUUUCGGUCUUCCUCUGUUGGUCCCCUAGUUGGAAUUUCUAGACGGGGCACCUCAAAGCAACACCCAGGCCCUCAGGUGUCAAAAUGGUGGACCAGACUCUUCAGCCUGAUAGACAGCCUCUGGCCACCAGUGAUGCCUUUCAAAGUACUUGGAGAAAACCAGAGCUGUCAAGGUGACAGCAGACACAAAGGCCCAGCCCCAAGCUUCUGUUACCUGCUGUCAGGCCAAGAGGGCUCUGUGGAGCCUGUAGAGGGACAGCCUUUAUCCUCUCUAUACCUGCCUCCUACAGAACAAACCCUCAGAGACAUACUGCAGUGUGAGCUCAACAGCCAUCGUUGUAGCUUUGUCGCCACUGUCAUCUACAAGAGAACGCAGUCUCAGAGUAGUGAUCAGAGCCCAGGGGAGGUUUGGCUGGUGGUGACUGACCCCAGUUUGCAGGAGGAGCAGCAGUCCGAUGGGCCACCAUGCAGACGGACGCUGGCUGUGUGUGUGACCACUUCCUGUGUGCUCACUUCCUCUGUCGCCAAGGCGAUAAGCACCCCCAGCACCUUCCGCUUGUCAUUCAGGGACGCAGUCAGAGAGCAUGGUGGGAUCCUGUGUGUGGAGCAGUCAGUUGUGCAGCUGCGGCCUCUGGUAUCAGUGUGCUGCCCACAUACCGAGAUCACGCUGGGCCCAGGGUCUCUGUCAUUGUCCCAGGCAAAGCCCUUACCUCAGCCCCUACCUCAAUCCCAGCCCCAUGUCCUUCCUCAGGCCUUACCACAACAUGUGACGCUGGAUCCCCUGGGUCCGGAAACACCACCCAACUCCCUCUGCAUGUUCUCGGGUGUGAUAGUUGGUGUGGAUGAGGACACGGCCUACUCCUGGCCAGUCUGCAGCCUGUGUGGGAGCGACCGCUUGGAGAUGGCACCCCAAAAGCAUCAAGCAUUCCUUUGUGUUGCUUGUGAUUCACUGGUUGACCAACCAACCAUGAACAUGCAGCUUGAAGUGUUCAUGAAUUGUUCUACACUGAGAGACUUCACUGUGAAAGUAAAGCUCCAGCAGAGCACCAUCAUGUCUGUGUUGAACUGUGCAGCCUCUGGCCAUGAGUUCCCAGGUUACGAGGUGGAAAAUGUGUUGGGGAAGGAGGUGGGCCCCCUCAGCGCUUACGUCCGCGUGGUCACCAGGAAACCUGCCCUGUCGAUCGGUCUGGAAGAGAUCUGCCUCUGAGGCUGUCAAAGUGUGGAGUGGGAUCCCGUGAAAUCAAUCUGUAGGACUAGGAGGUCUCCUCAGCCCAGCCAGGCCCAGGCUCUCUGUACAGCGCAUGAAUAGUUAGGCUGGAAAAAAUAGAUCUGUUUGUGUGUUACUGAUAUGUUAGGACCCUGGAGAUGACAGCCCAAGGUUAGAACUGAAGGACCAUAGAGGAGUAACAUAUGUCAGACUUUGUCACGUGGGUCCAAAUGGUGACUGUAAAAUAUGCCUGUUUGCUGUAUAUAGCCGCACAUUUCUUUCAAAGUGUUCCCUUGAAUAUCUACCCCCUAAUCAUUCUCUGAAGAUGAAUGGUGCUUAUAAAGUGUCAAUAAACCUUGUAUUAUAAGUUA